AUGGUAGAAGUAACAAAUCAAGAUUUGGUUAAAGAAACUGAAAAAAGGUUAGGAUCCACCCGGAAAGGAUGGGUAGAUGAAAUACCUCUGGUACUUUGGGGACUUAGAACCACACCCAAGAGGGGAACAAAUGAAACCCCCUUCAGUUUGGUGUAUGGAUCUGAGACAGUCUUGCCAACGGAGCUCCAAGUCUCCACCUGCAGGGUAUCUAACCUAGGAACGGAGAACAACGAUGAGAAUCUCCGAAUAAAUUUGGACAUCUUGGACGAGCGAAGGGAGAUAGCAGUAAUAAGAGCCACAUCCUACAGGCAAAAAGUGGAAAGUUACUACAACAAAAGGGUGCGAAAAUCAACCUUCAAACCAGGAGAUUACGUGCUUAGGCUCAAUAGCCAAAGCAAAGAAGAAGAAAAAGGCAAGCGUAGCCGUGGGAAGACCAUGUAA